UGAGGUAUAUUUGUAGGUGGUGCCUCUGCUGCGUCUUUUCUUACAAGACUGAGAUCACCAGUGUGUGUCUCGCCCUCAGCACAUACCUCUGCUGCAGUUGUGGUAUCUAUCUCUCUCUGCUGUGGUUUUGUCAUCUGUCUUUGGGUUUAUGAUGAGUGACCUGUCUCAGGACCAGUACUGUUUUCCAGGCUCUAAUGCCUCAUGUGUUAUGGCUCAGUUCAGCGUGGGGACCAGGAUUAGCCUCUAUUUGUUGUUUGCUUCAGGCAUACUGGUCACCAUUUUAGGAAACGGUGUUGUCAUUGUGUCAAUAGGUCAUUUUAAGCAGCUGCAGAAUCCCACCAAUGUGCUUGUUUUAUCUCUUGCUCUUGCCGACCUUCUUGUGGGAGUUAUUGUGAUGCCCUUCAGCGCCAUUCGGACCGUUCAUGGCUGCUGGUUCUACGGUGAUGACUUCUGUCAGUUGCAUUCUAGUUUUGACAUGUUUCUUACCACUGUAUCUAUCUUCCACCUGGUCUGCAUUGCUGUAGACAGACAACAAGCAAUAUGCAAUCCUUUGCAUUAUUCCAGGAAAAUCACAAUGUCAGUGGCCUGUAUUAUGGUAUAUGUGAGCUGGGCACUGGCUGCUCUCUUUUCCUAUGGACUACUUUACUCGAAGGCCAACGUAGCAGGAUUAGAGGAGUAUAUGGUGUCAAUAAACUGCUUUGGUAGUUGUUACCUUCUCUUUAACCCCCUUUGGGGAAUCCUGGACAGUAUUAUUGUCUUCUUCUUCCCCUGUACUGUAAUGAUUUGUCUUUACACUAAAAUAUUUAUUGUGGCCAAAGAGCAUGUAAGAAAGAUCGGAGAUAUGAGCCACUGUUCCAGUGACAGAGGAAAAGGUGGGUUGGUUAAACAGUCUGAGCACAAAGCUGCGAAGACUCUGGCUAUUGUGCUCGGUGCAUUCAUCUUAUGUUGGAUGCCCUUUUUUAUUAACUCUAUAAUAGAUGCCUACACUGGCUUCAUCACACCUGCUGCCGUCUUUGAGGCAUUUGUUUGGUUGGGUUACUUCAAUUCAACCUUGAACCCAGUUAUUUAUGCCUUUUUUUAUCCUUGGUUUAAGAAAUGUUUUUAUCUCAUUGUCAGUCUGAAAAUAUUUGACCCCCAUUCUUCAACUGUAAAGGUGAAUAUACGGACACAUUGAUGACACUACUGU